CCUAUUUCUAUUUCAUCUUUUAAUUGCCGCACAUAGCCUCCUCUCCUGUUCGUUUGUUUUCAAAGCCAUCUUGUCUUAAUUUGUGAGAGGAUUCAUGGGGUUUAAGUGUAAAGGGGUGAGAUUUGAGAGAAACACCCUUCUUCUUGUAAAAGGAUUGAGUGGCUCCUUUAAGCCACCCUUGUUGUUGUUAGCGGAGAGUGUGAAGGAAAUCCUUGGUCCAUAUAUGCCUAUGAAAGUAGUUGGGGAAAGUGAGGUGCCAAAGGAAGAAAUUGAAUGGAAUGAUGAAGACUUGGUGAAGAUCAUGAUCAACAACAAAGCAAUCAACAUGCUUCAAUGUGCUCUCAAUCCAAUGGAAUUCCAUAGAGUAUCCAGAUGUGAUAUGGCCAAGGAGAUGUGGGACAUGUUGGAGGUAACACAUGAAGGAACAAGCCAAGUGAAGGAGUCAAACAUUAAUAGACUCAUUUACAUGUAUGAGCUUUUCAAGAUGAAACUGGAGGAGAGCAUUCAAGAUAUGUAUACAAGAUUGAAUGAUAUAGUCACCAAUCUCAAGGCUUUUAGUAAAGUUUAUCCUUCUCAAGAAGUGGUGAGGAAGGUUCUUAGAAGCUUGCUUAAGAAUUGGGAAGCCAAGAAGACCGCAAUUGAAGAGUCUAAGGAUCUCAAUACUCUCAAGCUUGAAGAUCUCAUUGGAAAAUUGAUGACAUAUAAGAUAGAAGUUCAAGUUGAUGGUGGAGUUGAAGUAGUUGAGAAGAAGAAGAAGGAUGUUGCAUUCAAGGCUAGCAACCAAAAGGAAAAGAGAGAGUCUACCAAAAGGAGUGUGAAAUGCUAUGAGUGCAACAAGAUGGGGCACUAUAGAAAUGAAUGUCCCAAUUUGAAGAGGGGUGAGAAGAAAGGCAAGAAGAGCAUGAAGAAGAAAGCUUUUGCUGCCACUUGGAGUGAUGAUGAGAUUAGCUCAACGGAAAGUGAAAGCUCCUUAGAGAAAGGUGUUGCAAAUCUUUGCUUCAUGGCUCAAGAGGAUAGCAACCAUGAUGAGGAGGCAAACUCUAACUUCUCUAGUUCAAUUAAUGAAAGUUUAUUUGAGUAUUCUUAUGAUGAUUUAUGCAAAGUUCUUGAUUGCUCUAUGAAUGACAUUAAGGCCCCGUUUGGUAUAGCGGUUUUAGAGUAGCGGUUAGCGGUUUUACCUAAACCGCUAAAUAUAUGUGUUUGGUAAAU